CGGAGACAGGGGAACUGAGUUGCGGACGCGGGAGGGCGACCCAUAAGCCGGAACUCCAGAGGGUGGCCAGCCCCACAGAAGCCGGGAAAGGUGGGGGCUGACCCCCGUAGGGGACCCAGGCCCCUGACGCGCGCACGUCGCCGCCGUCGGAGGCGCGCUCAGGGGGUGGAGCCGCCAGCCAAGCCCCGCCCAGGAGGUGGUGCGGUGCAGGCCCCGCCCCAAGGCUCGAGGCACUGGUCGGCUCCGCCCUCGGCUCCUGUCGCCGCCUCACUCCUCAGCGCCUGGUGUAACGUUCUAGAAUUCGACGCGCAGCUGCCUCAGGUGCCCUGGCCAAGUGCAGUCGGCAGCGGCACCACCACUCGGGCGCUGUGUCUCUGCCUGGUCCUUAGGUUCGACAGGGCCCGCAUUGCCGUGUCGCCCCCUCAGGCCCAGGCCACUCCUGCCUGCCCAGCCUGGCCCCAGCAGGCCUCAGCCCCGCAGGGCCCACCACCUGGAAGCCACAUCAACUCCUCAGCCCCCAAAUUGUGCCUUCAGGCUUAGCAGCUCCUCACGCCUGGGUCAGCUGCCAAGGGUCCCUUGAGCUCCCUAAGGGGUUUUCCUUUAAGCCUUCCCUCUGGACAGGGCUUUCCACCCCCAACGACCUCCAGGCUCUAGCUAACUCAGCCCGGCCAGAUUCCUCGGGUCCUCUUCUGCCCUGUCAGACUCAGGUUCCCCUCCCAGACUUGGCUGCCCCCCUACCUCCGUGCUGCCCCGCCCUCCCCCAAGCCCGUCAACCAUCCAGGACUCUUUCUAGCUUCCUUAGCCUCAUCUUUCUCUUAGAUCUGGAUCGCCGCCCAACUAGACACCCAAUUACUAAGGUCUGAAUGUCCCUCAGCGGCCACCUGCUCCCUAGUUCAGCUUCCUCUGCUCUGGCCCAAGAUAUUCCAUUAAAACCCCAUCUGCCCUUUCAGCCUAGCUUUACUGGCAUUUGCCAGCUCAGCUUUAAAUACUCUUCUCCUCAUUCUUCAUUUCCUUUCUCAGCCCAUCUUAGUAACCUUUGAAUAAAUACCUAUUCACCUGCAACAGUUUCCAAUUUUCUGGCAUUUAUGCUGCCUCUCCUAACUCAUCUAACAUUCUUAUCUGCAUUGUCUGCCCACCCCAACUGGCUCUCAGGUCCCCUUUUGCUGUCUGGAAUUGUGGUCCUGUGUAACUGACCUCUGCUCACCUUCUACAUCUCUAGACAUUCCCACUGCCCCCUCCUUCCUCGUCACCAAUUGACCUUGACUGCUCUGUCCACACUUACCUUUCAUUAACACCUCAUUCCUGGUUUGUUUACCAACCCUCAGUUUUCUAACUGGCCCCAGGCACCAGUUCUGUACCAAUUAUCCCCAAAUGCCUUUUGCUCUGUCUAAUUCACCUCUCAUUCUUUUUCAUUUCAUUAUCCCAUAUUGCCAGUUCAGUCACUCAACUGCCAUCUGUCAAUUUCACUUACUCUGUGUAUUCGGCUUAGGAAAAAAGAUUUUUUUUUUUAAUCUUUCACCAUUUCUACAUUUCCUGUGUUUGCUGUCUUGAUUGUGUAUGUUCAGCUAAUGAAAAUAUUCAGCACUUGAAAUACCUUUUCAGCUUUCUUUCCUUUCUUCUGGACCUAUACAUCUUCUUUCCAAUCUUUACAUUCACUCAUGGUGAAUUACAUGAGUGAAUGAUUCAUUUUCCAUUAUCUUCCCAGCACCAACGAGGAGACUCAAUCCAGCCUCCUAACCCAGUCCAGUCAUGCAAGUACAGGAAGAUGCAGACAACCUUAUCCCUUUUGCCAAGUGUUCUAGGGUGGUCAGCCGAUCUCCACCCCCCUGCUUGCCUUCCCAGAGCCUCGGACUGAUGCCCCAGCGCUAUGGAGACACCUUCUGGGAGAAUCUUAGUCAAAGGCCCAGCCCCACCUGGAUGGAGGAACAGUACACCCCACCCUUGCUGAGAGCCACUGGUUGCUCCCAGCCUGGCCAGUAUGGCCCUGAAGGACUCCCACCUCCUGAGGUGCUCUGCAGAAGAAAAAGGAGGAGGCCACGUUCGGGAGGAAUGCAGCAGGGAUCUGGGGGCAUCCCAGCCCGGGUAAGGGCGGUCACUCAUCACUUGGAGGAUCUAAGGAGGCGACAGAGAAUCAUCAAUGACACCACCGAACACCCUGAUCGGGAAGAGGAGAGGGCAGACUAUCCACAGGAGGAGGACCACUUCCUCAUUUCUGGCAGGGCCCAGCUGCUUUGGUCUCCCUGGAGUCCCCUGGGCCAGGAGGGGUCUUGUCUCUCCAGGCAGCUGGGCUCUAUGGGCUCCUUCAGCGCUGUCACAGCCACUAGGAACCCCUUUUACCAUCCCUGGUGGGUGGAACUGCAGUCUGAGGAGUAGGGAGAAACUGUCCAAACCCAAGACGCUGGCCGUGCCUCAGGGGCCUAGGAUUGGGAGCUGGAAUCUCCAGUAUUUCGGACAUCAAGGCAUUCCUCCUUUCCUUGGCCUCUCCCAUCUUCCUCUCCCCGCCUCUGAACUAGGCACGAGCAGCCCCGAUGGCCUCCCCUCUCCACUCUCAGAGGAGCCCCCCAAGGCUCCCUGCCACUAUUCUCUUCGUUCUGUUAUUAAAAAGCAAGCAAGUGGA